CUACAUUUCCCAUGAUGCUUAGGGGCAGAAAAGGGGUUCGGCUUGUUGGGCGCGCGCUGCGAAGAGAACUAUUUGAAAGAAAAAAUGGCGGAAAAACAUUCGGAAGCUGAGCGAGAAAGUUGCGGAAGUGUCGCUGUUGAUGAUAACGUUACUCAGAAUGAGGUCGACUCAGUGAAACAGACAUCAUUGAAAAGUUGCUCCUCCACAAGCCCCAGCACUGCUCCCCCGAACAAAUCCCCCACCACACAGAGGACAGAUGCUGGGGAAGGACAGUCAGAGACAGACAAGCUAGAGAUGCAGACAGACAACAAGGAGGGACCUUCAAGUCCCACCGGCAACCCCACUGCACGGAGGAAGUCCUGGAGGAGAGCCACCAUAACCCGACGCUCUCUGCCCGCCCUCCCCAACCCCUAUCAGGUUUUGUGCAGGAGCAUACCUGCAUCCUUAUCACAGCAAGAGAGGCUCGAGAAAUUGAUGGAGGCUUCAAUGAGGCUGGCAAUAGAAAGAACACAAAAUUCGCUGCAGACUGUGCCGAACGCCUCACCAGAGUCUUUUCAAAAACAAGUUGAGCACAUGCAGAAAGAGUGGGGUUGUCUGGCCAAAAGCAUACGCAGUGAACGAGGGGGUGAUCAACCCCCUGCUAGAGCAGCCAGCUCUAGUGAUCCUGUCGUGCAAAAAGCCAUGGAAAAAGUCCAGAAAGCCAUCAAUAGGCUCCAGGCUGAAAGUGAAUCCUGGGAGGCGCUGUUGAACAAACACCGGAGUAAAGCAGAGGAAUUGAAAAGGAAAGUGGAGCAAGGCCAGGAACAAGGCGUAUCAUUAGACUCUACAUCUGUGGCCCAGUCCUCCCAGUACCAUUUCAUACAGAGUAAACCCGACUACCACGGCCUCCUGAGUAGACAACAGCCCAUGCUCCACACUAUGACAAUGAUUAUGGACACUCAGAGUAAGAUGGUUAGAGAGCUUCUGUCCAUCAAGGAGCAGUCCCAGUUAUUGGUGAAAGAGACCAGUGGCCGAUUGGCGGCAGAGGCGGGAUUCCAGGAUCUUUCACCUGACUUCAUCAGGAACUUCAUGGCAGCACCCUUAUCCUCGGCAACUACAUAGUCACUCUGGCAGGAGGCAAGCAAUCAAUCAUCUAAUGGACCAUGACUCUUUAUGACUUGUAUAUGAAGCUCAUAUAUUUGUGCUUUCUGGUAAUUUCGAUGUUAUGUGAUUUGGGAACAUGUCAUUUCUGUGCUCAGGCUUUGUUGUCUCGUGUUAUUGUAUAAAAAUACUCUAAUUUUAUGUUUUCUGUGUCAAAUAAAACCACCUCCGUCAGCAGGUAAUCCAUGUGUUUGACCAGCAGGUGGCAGUGGCUGGCUAUACAAUAUUAUGAGAAGCUUGGCCAGAGUGGAUUUUUCUGUUGGGCCCUAAUUAAGUGUAUUCUUACCUGUAAAACCGGAAACCGUUAAGACUUUAGUGUCAGCCGUUAAGGAUAAACAAACAGACAAAUGUUUCAGAAGACAUCCUGCUAAACAAGGUCAUAAAAUAAACAGAAAUAUUCAAAUAUAAUGACUGAAUCGGAAACCAAACAGAUUUUGUCUUUAAAAAAAGGUUUGAUAUUUGAAGUCAUUGGAUGUAGUGCCAUUUUAAAGUGGUCUUAUUACUACUAUUUUAUAAAUAUCUUAAAGCUGAGCCAUGUUGUUAUGCAUGGUGUCAUUAAACCUGUGAAGAACCAAUUUUUUAUUUUUAUUUAAAUUGACAUUAAAGCAUUAACUAAAGAUUAUUGAAUACAGAAGGAUAAUGCUCUACAGUUUAGUUUAUUUACAUUCCUUUUUUUAUGCUUAUCCUCAGUCACAUUUACUCUCUUUUGGUGCUGCAUCUAUUUCACUUCCAUCAGUGUCCCCUGACCAUUCAGGAGGAGGCCCCUCCCCCACAGUGACUCACCCCCAUCUCUUGCAUUUGGCUGGGUCACUGAUGCAGAACGAAGCUUUGACAUUGUACCAGUCAGUCAAAGCUUUGUUCGCUAUCACUCCUAUCUCUUGGACCCAUUCACUCAUUAAUGUUAAUUUUUCUCUGAUGAUCACAGCGAGAAGAAAACCCCCUUCUUUUGCCCAUUGCCAACAAUAAAUAAUGACUUUCUGUGCUCUGCA